GUAACACAGCGUCUUUAGCAUGUGAACAGAUGUGUCUUUAAACGUUUCAGUCCUGUUGUUCGCUUUGCCUUCAACUUUUACCAACUGUAGUUCCUCUCUGACACAGAUAGAAGAUGAGUGGGAGCUGUGACGACAUCAAACCUGUGAACUGCACCAUCAAACCUCCGGUCUACCUGCAGAUUGGAGACACCAAAACAGACGCAGCUCACUCUGGAGUCUGUGUUGUAGACGUCGCCCUCCCCUUUGGAAAGCCCGUCAGUAUCAAGGAAAUCACCUUUAAGAACUACUACACAGCCUAUGUGACUGUACGGUUGCUGAGGAGGAGUCCGGGGCAGGAGGCCCCCGCCAAGUGGUGCACCGCCCUGAGAGACCUUCCUCUGAUGGACAACCCCCACACUGAGGGCGGCUCCCAGGACUACUGCUCCAUCCACAGGACACAGAUGCAGGUGGCGCCGGAUCACGUGGUGUCUGUGAGACUGAUCCUGAGACAGCCAUCCUCCGCCUGGCUGACCUUCAGCCUCGAAGAGAUCAAAAUAUUCCCUCACAUGGAGCCGGACCCAGAGAAGGAGGUUUCUGAUUGGCUGUCUGACCUGACGCUGGUCGACCAUCAUCCUGACCUGCAGGGCCUCCCAGACCCCCAGACUGUAUCAUCCAGUAUCCAGCAGAUGUGGGCUCUGACUGAGGUGAUGCAGACCAACCAGACCACAGCCUCCAUCGGACGGUUUGAUGUGGACGGAUGCUACGACAUCAACCUGCUCUCCCUGACGUAACAUGGCCGUCGUGUUCUGACAUGGAGCCCUCUCUGGAGCCACUGAGAGCAACAGAGGAAACGAACAAAAGAAAAAGUUGAAUGUAUGUGUUGCUAGAGUGACGAGGCAUGAUGUCACUUUAACUAAUAAGAGAACUGUCAUGAUUUAAACCUCGAUCACACCAAGACGCAUCACAAGAGACAUGACUGCUUCAAAAACACCUUGGCUGUGUGUCAGGCAAAACAGAGUGGUGCAGCUGUAGAGCGGGGCAGCGAGUGCAACCAGGUGAUCAGAUGUGAUGAACAGAAACACAAAUGUAUCUCCUGUAAUCUCUCCUA